CUCCGCGAAAGCAGCAAACGCGACGUCGUCCUCAACGUCAACCACUUGUAGAAAACCUGCUCUCUUUUCCCUUCUGCAACUUCACACAACCACCAGAAACAUAACAAGUUCUGAACCGCAGAAUAUCACUCAACUUCGCAUUGCUAGUAUUCUUGCACGCUUUGAAUAUUCUCCUUUCGCAUCCAUCGACACCGCUUCCUGCCACCACAAAGCUUAUUACGAUUGUCCAUUUCCUGUAUUCCUGUACGGAACACUGCUGAGGUCGACUUCUCGUUCCGUCCGACUCUAUCAACCCUCGCAUUAACCAAAAGUCGUUGGAAUCGCCGUAGAAUGUCUAGAAGGAGCAACACCAUGUCGGGCUCCAAUGGAAACAUCCCCAAGGACCUCACAUCCUCCAACAGCCCAGCAAUUGACAAGCAAAAGACUCUUCUUUCUGCCGAUGUUGGGCACUUCUCUCUCGUGCGGGCCAUGCACCUUGCCGACUUGAUUACUCUCAUGAAUGGUGCUUGCGGUGUCAUGUCCAUCUUCUCCUCGCUACGAUACGCACUUGGCGACCCCAAGGAUUUUGACAACCUCUGGCUUGCUCUCUUCUUCCUGCCUUUCGGUCUGUUCUUCGACUUUUUCGACGGCAAGGUUGCUCGAUGGAGGAAGAAGAGUAGUCUCAUGGGCCAAGAAUUGGAUUCUCUUGCUGAUUUGAUCUCCUUCGGCGUCGCUCCCGCUAUGGUCGCCUUCACUCUUGGUUUCCGUUCGCUUGCCGACACUGUUGGUCUUACCUUCUUCGUUCUGUGUGGCCUCACUCGCCUCGCACGCUUCAAUGUUACCGUUUCGGUUCUUCCAAAGGACGCCUCUGGCAAGAGCCAGUAUUUCGAAGGAACUCCCAUUCCCACUUCGCUCGGCAUGGACGCUAUCAUGGCCUAUUGGCUCUCGCAGCGCUGGGUUCAUGACAACCUUCCCUUUGGUGUCUGGUUCCAGGGUUCAGCUUUCGAGUUCCAUCCUGCCGUCAUUCUGUUCAUGAUCCACGGCUGCCUCAUGACCAGCAAGACCAUCCGCAUACCCAAGCCUUAAACGAUAGCCGAUAUUACUAUUUAACAUGGUACGUUGGCUUGGUGUAGUUGCACUGAACGAUUGGGUGGAGUGGGGGUCAUGUAGUCUGGAUCUGAGCAUACGUUUGCCUUCACUGGAGGUGUCAUGGGAUCGAGUAGGGGGUUCAACAGGAAGUUCGCAAGGACAAACAUGAGGGACAAAAGGGGUUCCGCGCACACGGUUGAAGAUAUUUUCAUUUGGGGUUUGGGGGUUUGGGCAGGACAUGAUUCACGCAGCUUAUUGAAACAAUGGUAGUUCAUGAUACCCAUACA